AUGGCACGCUCUGCAAGGCGCUCGCGACCGGUUCGUUCGAAUCGCACUCACGUUCCCUCCUACAACGAAGAUAGCGGACCCAGCGAUUCCCUGGGCGGAGACAGCGAGACCGACCAACACCGCUCUGGAGGCCUGUCGCAUUCCUUACGAUCACGAGAUUCGAAUCGCGUCCCUAUAUCAUACCGUGAAGAAUCGACCGAUGAUGAUGUCCUGAAUAACUCUCAUGAGGAAGAUCCAGAUGAUUCGCUUCAUCGGACCUAUCCUCUACCCGACGCUGAUAUGCGGGCCACGCCUACAACACAAUCAACGGCCAGUCGUCCUCGUCGUAGACGGUCUGUUAAAACAAGGUCCCAGACGCAGAAGGCAAAGCGGACACCGACUAAAAGGCGACUGGAGUUGGGACGGCCUCUGAACAAGCGGAGAAAGGCGGCGGACGAGACGGAUACUCUGUUCGCUAGUUCGGGAGUGAUUCCCCCAUGGCAGACCCUCCCAUAUCAUAUACUGUUCGACAUUUUCCUCCGUGCCUCUUACCCUCUUGUAGAUGAACGAGCUCUGAAGAGGAACCGCACAGUGGGUUGGCUAUUGAAUAUUGCGCUGCUAUGCCGCGGUUUCCACGAGCCUGCGCUAGCAGCCCUCUAUCACUCGGUGCCAACGAUACCUGCCCUCAAGUCUCAUGGCUUGUUAAGCCUUCUUAUGAAACCUCAAGAUUCGCUGUCUACAAACUACCGUAAUAAGAUCAAGGAGCUACACGUCGAUGUUGAAGCCCUUUUAUUGUACAAAAGCGGUCCUGCCUUCGGGUACUUCGACCUACCAGCAUUGGUCCAGCAUACUCCCCAGGUCAAUACACUACGACUCUAUCACAGGGAUGAUUUCAUGGUUGGCCUUCCUCGGUGGGGUAUCCCUUCUUCGAAAUGGCUCUAUCCUGACGCCCUUUUCAAAACUAUCAAUUCGAAUUCGAUCCGACUUCACAGUUGGGACUGGAAUGCCCGGUUCAUGACUACACAAAAUCUUCUUCCACUCAUGUUAGAAAAUCAUAAUGAGGCUUCGUUCAAGAGUAUUCAGGAUCUCAGGAUAUUUCACAUCUGUGCGGAAGAUCCAGAUGGUGAUGACCAAGUUGUUGGGAUGACUGAUACCAGAGAGGACGUUCUGGCGGCGGCCCUCAACGUGCUUCCCAUGUUGCGCCGACUGGAGUUUCUGGGUUCCUCUAUACUGAAUGACUGUCUACUACCAAAAUUACCGUUGAACCUAACUUCCCUCUCCAUCAACAACUGUGAUGAUGUAACUACGGCCAAUUUUAGCCUCUUUCUUGGCACUCACGGCCAUAGUCUCCGUGAAUUGAGCCUCAGUCACAAUCGUCAUUUGAGCCUCUCUUUUGUUGUUGAUCUCAAGGGAUCCUGCCCGUGCUUGGAAAAGUUCACAGUAGAUAUAUCGAUACACGACCUUUCGUCAUAUCACGACGUUGAGCCUCAUUUUGACGAGCUGCUCUCUCCUUCGGAGAUUCCAUCGUGGCCUACCACCUUACAGCACCUGGAGUUGAUCCAGUUGCGCAAGUGGAAGGAGAACACGGCUGAAGCAUUUUUUGCUUCCCUGAUUGAAGCUGCUCCUGAGCUUCGUAGUCUACGAACUCUGGUGAUUAGCGCAAUUCUCAAGACAGGAUGGCGUGACCGUGCCUCUUUCCGUGAACGGUGGAUUGGCAAGCUGAAGAAGGUCUUCUUACGGCGGAGCACGCCACCUAAUCCGGCACUUUGCACUCUCGCACGGAACUCGGAGGGCCUGUCUUCAGGCAAACCAAGCGAGGGUUCGCAGCCCAACGACACCGAGUUUGCGUCUCCGUCAAAACGAAAAAGCGCGCGAAUCGCCAGCCUCAGACAUUUCGAUGGUGAAGAAAUCCGAAGCUUAUCGACCCGGGCUCAUCAGAUAAAUGAAAAUGACAGUGAGCUUGACACUCCCGCCACACAGGGCAUGUGCAAUGUUGUGGAAAUUCGAAUCGACAACCAACGCCCGAGGGAUACACAAUUCAAUGAAUCAGACUUCUUGGACGAUGAAUUAAGUGGGGACGAAGAAUGGACAGGUCAAGACGUUGACCUGGGCGACGGAGGCCAUGCCUGCUCUAGCAAGGUCUGUGGUGAAAACACCAACUCACUCAACAGCGGCGCAGAAUCUGCAGCAACACCUACGCUGGUUUCCGUUGGACGUUACCCCGGGACCCUUGGCUUUUUCAUCCAACAGAGCGCUAGUGGUCUAUCUGCAAUGUUUGUCUCUCCAUUUAUGGCCCAGCAAUGCUCCAGCUUUUACGCCCUUGAGCUGCAGUUCUUACCCAAAUUUGGAACUUUGGACGGAUCCAUAAGUGAUAAGUCGAUUCUGCCAUUGUAA